GAAUGGUGUGAGCGUACCCUAACAACAGAAUGGUGUGGGCAUAAACAUAAAAAAUAUUCACAUCAUUGACAUUUAUAAGGAAAUGGAAAGCAAUUUUGAAACGGACUGUUUGAGUUGAAAGUUUGGUGUGGGGGGUUAAAAGUGUUUUUUUCGAGUAUAGGAUGAGUCAACAACAUUACUUGGGUAUGAGUUAACAGAAUAUUAACUUUUAAAAGUGAGAUUUUAACCAUUUCUUCGGUGUGUGUCAAAUAAAGUGCUUGGUGUGUUCACAGAUCAGCACAUCCUGAUCAGAGGUCUGCCAUGGAUUCCCCCGAGGAGAGGCACAUUGUAGGACCCCUUGUACACAGUUCAUUUGAAAGGCUAAUUUGACUCACCUGUGUUAUUGUCAUCAUCAACCAACAUUGUUAAUAAACAUUACAUGACAUUCUUAAUUGAGAUUACAUUAGGCUGCUACCACGCCUGCAGUGCUAGCCACAGUAUCCUUUUCAGAUCUUAAGACGUUAAGACAAUUUUCAGAGCAGAUCAGAAUCCCACUUGUGAUUGGUGGAUUAUGUUUGUCUCCUAACAUUGCUUUAUUAAACUUGGAAUAUACUUCAUGCUCAGGAGCAAGAAAUUCCCCAACUAUCCACAUGCUAUGUAUCUCUGGUUUUCAAUGCUCACAACUCUCAAAUCAACCACACACUUCUAGCACAUCAUGUUUCUGUUCUAUUCAUUGAUAGUGGUAUCUACCCUGUAUAUAAUCUGAACCUUUCAGAACUCUUAUGACCUCAAUGUUAAAAUAGGGACUUUUUUUCUCCAUUUCCUGCUUUCAGUUUAGUUGUGUUUUACUUGAGAAAGGAUGCAAGCUGGGUUACACCAGUCUCAGAAGUUGUAUUUCUGUUUAGCUUAAAAGUAAUCUACCAUUAGGCUGCAAGUGUUGUAAAGGGUGUUGUUUUUUAAAAGUCCAGUGUACAAGGGGGUCAAAAUGAGUCUCUCUGGGGAGAAUGAGGAGGCUGGCCCUCCCUCUAGUAUCUGUGAAGAGACUGAAGAGGAAGCCACUGCUUCUAGAAUGAGUCCCUCAGGGAGUGCGGGAGCGUUGUCCCUUAAAAGGAGUUUUCCAACGGAACAGGACACUGACAGGGAACAUAAGAGGAUCAAGACAGACAGACCAGUCUCACCUGCACCUAGUGGUGUCUCCGUGAAGAGUGACCAGUCAAUGGGACUUCCUAUUCUCUUUAGGAAAGCAGAACGUUCCACUGUGCAAAGGAUCAAGACAGGCAGACCAGUCUCACCUGCACCUAGUGGUAUCUCCAUGAAGAGUGACCAGUCCAUGGGACUUCCUAUUCUCUUCAGUGAUGGAGAAUUAUUCGCUGGGAAAAGCAGUAUCUCUGAGGAGAAUGACCAGUCAAGGGAUCACCAACCCAGAGUCCCUACUGAUGAGAAAGUGUACAACACUGUUUCCACUAAGACAGAAAUCCAGGAGAAAAUGAAAUCCUACUUGAAGAAUAGGGCAUAUUCUUUAUUUGAAGGCUUUGAGGAUCAAGCCAAAAAAACACCUCUUAACAACAUCUACACAGAGCUCUACAUCACACAAGGUGGAAGUGGAGAGGUUAAUUAUGAACAUGAGGUAAGACAGAUUGAGACAGCAUGCAGGUUUCCAGUAGAACAAGAGACAUCAAUCCAACUCAAUGACAUCUUCAAACCCUUACCUGGACAAGACAAGCCUAUCAGAACAGUGCUGACAAAGGGAGUUGCUGGCAUUGGAAAAACAGUGUCUGUGCUGAAGUUCAUGUUGGACUGGACUGAAGGAAAAGCAAAUCAAGACAUCCAGAUCAUCUUCCCACUUCCUUUUCGGGAUCUGAACUUGAUGAGAGAUAAAAAUCUAAGUCUGAUAGAACUACUUCAUCACUCCUUUAAAGAAACAAAAGUAUCAGAAAUCUCAGAAAACAAAAAUAUUGUGUUUGUUUUUGAUGGUCUGGAUGAAUGUCGCCUUCCUCUGGACUUCCAGAAUAAUAAGAUCUGCUGUGAUGUCACAGAGUCAACUUCAGUGGAUGUGUUGCUGACAAACCUCAUCAAAGGGAAUCUGCUUCGCUCUGCUCACAUUUGGAUAACCACCCGACCUGCAGCAGCCAAUCAGAUCCCCCCUGAGUGUGUUCACCAGGUGACAGAGGUACGAGGGUUCAAUGACCUACAGAAGGAGGAAUACUUCAGGAAGAGAAUCUCUGAGGAGGACUUGGCCAGCAGAAUCAUCUCACACAUAAAGACGUCAAGGAGCCUCCACAUCAUGUGCCACAUUCCCGUCUUCUGUUGGAUUUCAGCCACUGUAAUAGAGAGACUAUUGGUUGAAGCAGAGAGUCAAGCGAUCCCCAAGAAUCUGACUCAAAUGUACGCUCACCUCAUAAUCUUCCAGUCAAAACUGAGGUGUCAGAAGUAUCCUGUAAAGCCUUCCAACGAUUUUUACUGGGAUAAAGAGAUGAUUCAGGCACUAGGAAAAUUGGCUUUUCAACAGCUAGAAAAAGGCCAUCUGAUAUUCUAUGAGGAAGACCUGAGAGAGUGUGACAUUGACAUCAAGGACGCGUCUGUGUACUCUGGAGUGUGCACUCAGAUCUUCAGGGAAGAGUCUGGGCUUAACCAGAUGAAGGUGUACUGCUUUGUACAUCUGAGUAUCCAGGAGUUUCUGGCUGCACUAUAUGUGUUCCUCAUGUUCACUAACGACAACAACAAUCUGAUGACUAAAGAGAGAUCCCUCCGCAACAAAAACAGUCUAUAUGAAGAUGCAGUGGACAAGGCCUUGCAGUUUGAAAAUGGCCAUCUGGACCUUUUCCUCCGCUUCCUUCUAGGCCUUUCACAUGAGUCCAAUCAGCAUCUCCUACAAGGCCUACUGACACCAACAGGAAGCAGCUCACAGAACAACAAGGAAACAGUCAAGUACAUCAAGGAGAAGAUCAGGAAGAACCUCCCCUUGGAGAGGUGUAUCAAUCUGUUCCACUGUCUGAAUGAACUGAAUGAUCAUUCUCUAGUGGAAGAGAUCCAAAGCUACCUGAGAUCAGGAAGUCUCUCAAAAUCUAAACUCUCAUCUGGACAGUGGUCAGCUCUGGUCUUCAUGUUGCUGACCUCCGAGAAGCUGGAUGUGUUUGACCUGAAGAAAUACAUCAGAUCAGAUGCGGCUCUUCUCAAACUUCUCCCAGUUGUCAGAUCCUCUAGAACAGCCCUGCUGAACGAAUGUAAACUCACCAAGAAAAGCUUUGAGGCACUGGCUUCUGUUCUCAAAUCAAACUCAUGCUGUCUGAGAGUGCUGGACAUGAGUGGCAAUAAACUCCAGGAUUCAGGAGUGAAGCUGCUCUCUGCUGGACUGGAGGAUCCACACUGUAAACUGGAGACAUUGAAGUUGAAUGAUUGCAACCUAACUGAGAAAUCCUGUGAGGUGCUGGCUUUAACUCUCAGCUCAAACACCUCAAGUUUGAGAGAGCUAGACCUGGGAGGAAAUGAACUCCAGGAUUCAGGAGUGAGAUUCAUCUGUGCUGGACUUGAGAAUCCAAAAUGUAAAUUGGAGACACUGAGGCUGUCAGGCUGCAGCAUCACAGAGGAAGGCUGUGCUUCUCUUGCUUCAGCUCUGAGGUCAAACCCCUCCCACCUGAAGGAGCUGGACCUGAGUGGCAAUACUCCAGGAGUCUCUGGAGUAAAGCUGCUCUCUUCUGUACAAGAGGAUCCCCUCUAUACUGGAGACACUGGGGUUAAAUGAUUGACAGCUCACAGAUUCAGUGAAGGAAUGGCCUCAACUCCAAGUCCUUGGUUGUGGGAGUGCGCUGCAGUUAAAUGCUUCUGGGACAGUUACAAAUUAAUUUCAAAGUGCUUCAAUAUAAAUAUUCAAUGCUUCGAAAUCGACAAUGAUAGCUCCUUGAAUCAGAGAACCCUGGCAAAGUGGUGCGAGGAAAAUAACCUCAACAAACACGUCACCGGGGGCACACUGCCUGCCCUCCAGGGCAUCUACCCGGUGUCACAGGAAGGCCAAGAAGAUCAUCAAGGAUCUCAGCCACCCGAGCCACAGCCUGUUCACCUCGCUACCAUGUAGAAGGCGGAGACAGUACAGGUGCAUCAAAACCGGGACAGAGAAACAGGACAGCUUUUAUCUCCAGGCCAUCAGACUGUUCAAUAGGGGGGAGGGGUGGGUGGUUGGAUAAAUGGGAUGAGAGGUUGAGGUCCACUUUGUUAGUUCUUGUUUGAAUCCUGUACCAAUAUUUUUGAUAAUUGUACCUGUAACACCCCCCUCCCCCCAACAAGAAAAUGGCAAAAGAAACUGGUCAUUCAGUUUUAUUACUUUUACUUCACCUCAUUACACUGUAGUACAUGGACUGACUGUUACUCCUGGCUGGAAUGAUGACUUGUCAAUCUGUCAGUAAGUUGGCGUUAUAGGUAAUGUAAAUAUGGUUUGAUGUUGGUUGUUUCUGUUGCGUGUCAGUGGACUGUGUGUUCUGUUAGCUCAGUAAAAAGCCAUGUUAUAAUGACAUCGUGUUAUAUCCAUCAUGUCUAUACAUAUUGACUAUAGUAGUAAGCUUCUUUAACUCAACAAACUUAUUGUCUUCUUAGUAACUCUGCUGUGCAUUUUACCAGACUGCUAGUGCAGCGGUUUAAGGUACUGUAUCUCAAUGCAAGAGGGGUUACUUAAUGUCCCUGGUUCGAAUCCAGGCUGUAUUACAUACGGCCGUGAUUGGGAGUCCCAUAGGGCGGCGCACAAUUGGCCCAGCGUCGUAUGGGUUUGGCCGUGGUAGGCCGUCAUUGUAAAGACAUCUGCUCUUUAUUGCCUAGUUAAAUAAACAAAUAUUUCAGUGUAUUUGAUUUCUCUAUAUUGUCUUGUGUGUUAUACUAAUUGCUUGGAUUUCUAUUGUAGCACCAUGGGUUUCUGAAAAGCAUGUUACAAAUCAAAUGUAUUUUUAUUACAGUAAUGUACAAUUACUCACAUUGUAUGUUAAAUCUAUGAUAAACUGUAUAUUUCAAGUUAAUAAUAAAAAUGAAUAAUAUUCAAAUUCAUUUAAGUUCUAUUUCUAUUUUCAUUUUCAUAGUAAAGUUGUUAUUCCUAUUGUCAUCUGUGCUUAACUCAUUGAAUGACUUGGGGCACUAUUCAAUCUGCAUCACUGUAAAGUUGUUAUUCCUAUUGCCAUCUGUGCUUAACUCAUUGAAUGACUUGGGGCACUAUUCAAUCUGCAUCACUGUAAAGUUGUUAUUCCUAUUGUCAUCUGUGCUUAACUCAUUGAAUGACUUGGGGCACUAUUCAAUCUGCAUCACUGUAAAGUUGUUAUUCCUAUUGUCA